AUAGACCGCAAUCGGACACUAAGAUGCCUCCGCCGAUCUAUAAAGUGAUGGGUACCAUCGCACGACCAACUCUCGGUGUCAUUGGGGGUGCAGCUUUCGGUUGUGUAUUCACGUUCGGCUGUGUGCGAAGUGUUACUAAGCAUGUUAACGAGUCCUCGCUCUCCAGUGGAAUCCUCACCAAACUGCUCACUUCACGACUGUGUUCCAGCUUGACGACAAUAGCUGGUGGUUGGGCUGCUGCUAUCACGGCGUACAAGUACAUCGAGAACGAUGAUGCCAGUGAGACGCCUACGAUGAGCCGUGUAUCUGCAGGAGCGUUGACUGAUCAAUCGCCGACGUAUGAAACUGUCGUUCAUUCAAGACCGUGUCCACCGCUGUUGACUUCCACAUAUCUAGCUUUUCACAUUAGUCACAGAAAAGCUAGGAAUUGAGCGAUUGUGUUUCUGAUUGACUAUAUACCGCAAAUCUACUGAAUGAUAUAUUUUAUUUUGCGUAAAUCGCCACAUGACGACUUUACCCCGGCGAAACUACUGUCACAGCAAAUGUCGUAUAAUCAACCCCGUGCCAAUUUCAUGGCCACUCUGGAGUAUUUACUGCUGAGAGACUUGUGAAGCCACUUUCAAGUUACAGUUAUUGGUAUCGUAUUCGGCUAGCCUAUUCCGUCAAUAGUAUUGCCACCAUCGUAUAGCUAUAGUGUGACAAUGAAGGUCACUUAUG